AUGGGCUCGGUGGGAGCCGAGCGCUUCAAGGAGCUGAGCCCUGCGGGGACACCGGAGGGCAACGUGGUGAUGAGCUUCAGCUUCGACAGCUACCAGCUGGAGGAGGAUGAGCUGCAGAGGGGCAGCCAGGCCAAGGGCAUCCUCACCUUCAUGGAGCCGGUUUCUGAGGAUCCCGAGCCCCAAGAUCGAUACCAUGGGAUUUACUUUGCCAUGCUGCUGGCCGGGGUGGGAUUUCUUCUGCCGUACAACAGCUUUAUCACCGAUGUGGACUACCUGCACCAUAAAUACCCAGGGACCUCCAUCGUCUUCGACAUGAGCCUCACCUACAUCCUGGUGGCCUUGGUGGCCGUCAUCCUCAACAACGCGCUGGUGGAGCUGCUGAGCUUGCACACCCGGAUCUCUGUGGGCUACCUCUUCUCCCUGGGGCCCCUGCUCUUCGUCAGCAUCUGUGAUGUCUGGCUGGAGCUCUUCACCCGCAGGCAAGCCUACGCCAUCAACCUGGUCGCCGUCGGGGUGGUGGCCUUUGGCUGCACAGUGCAGCAAUCCAGCUUCUACGGCUACACGGGGCUGCUGCCCAAGCGCUACACGCAGGGGGUGAUGACAGGCGAGAGCACCGCCGGGGUCAUCAUCUCACUCAGCCGCAUCUUCACCAAGCUGCUGCUCUCAGACGAGAAGGAGAACACCGUCAUCUUCUUCUUCAUCUCCAUUGGCAUGGAGCUGACAUGCUUCAUCCUCCACCUCCUGGUGAAGCGCACCCACUUUGUCCGCUACUACACUGCCUGCUCCCGCAAGGGUCUCCCCGAGCCCCAGGGGGCUGGUGACCAUGGGACGGGCUACCGCGUCCACCACGAUGUCACUGCCGAGGAUGUCCAAUUUGAGAACCGGCCGCGGGGGCAGCCGAGCUCCCCCCAGGGCAGCCCAGGCCCCGAAGCUGAGCUGGCCGGCAGCGGCACCUACAUGCGCUUUGACGUCCCCCGGCCCAAAAUCAAGAGGAGCUGGCCCAGCUUCAGAGACAUGCUGCUCCACCGCUACGUCGUGUCCCGGCUCAUCUGGGCCUACAUGCUCUCCAUCGCCAUGACCUACUUCAUCACGCUGUGCCUCUUUCCCGGGCUGGAGUCAGAGAUCCACAACUGCACGCUGGGGGAAUGGCUCCCCAUCCUCAUCAUGGCCAUCUUCAACCUCUCCGACUUCGUCGGCAAGAUCCUGGCUGCCCUGCCCUAUGACUGGAGAGGGACCCACCUCCUUGUCUACUCCUGCCUCCGCGUGGUCUUCAUCCCCCUCUUCAUCAUGUGCGUCUACCCCAAUGGGAGGCCCACCUUCGGCCACCCUGCCUGGCCCUGCAUCUUCUCUCUCCUCAUGGGCAUCACCAACGGCUACUUCGGCAGCGUCCCCAUGAUCCUGGCCGCCGGGAAAGUGAGCCCUGAGCAGCGGGAGCUGGCAGGGAACACCAUGACCGUGUCCUACAUGACGGGUUUAACACUGGGUUCGGCCGUGGCCUAUUUUGCCUACAGUCUCACCAGUACCUCCCACAGUACCUGUUUCUACACCGAAACCUCCAAUGGCUCCUUUACAUCAGGGUACUGAGCCCCGGGGCGGGGCGAUGGGGACAAGAUGGGACCUGCUUCCCACCAUGGUCCCCACCGCCCCGCUUGGCCCAUGUCCCUCCUCAGGGAGGGAGCCUGGAGCCAGAAAGCUGCCCCAGGUUGGACAGGGACCGGCGUCCCUUUGGCAUGGGGCCGUGGCAUCCCAAAACAGCCUGUGCUGCCCAGCCAGGGCCACUUCUUGGGGUGACAUUCCCCCCCCCAAUCCGGGGGACAGUCCCGUUGCUCUUGGGGGGCUCCCCAUCAGCAAUGUGCAGCUCUCCAGUGGGGGGGGUGGGGUGUCUUCUCCUGUUUGAGCCAAGCAAUUGCCAGGAGGAAGAAAAUACUGCCAAAUUCCAAAGGGAAUAGGACCAGCACUGGGGAGGAGGGUGAUGGAGGGCUAGUGAGGAAGAAGAGGAGCAAGAGAGGAAGGAAACGCUCCUUCAGGCCCCAGUGGCUCUGGGAAGGUGGAUCUCGGCUUUCAUCAACGGUGCUGCAGGUUUUCACCAAGAAUGGCUUGAAAUCACGAUCCCUCCCCAAAUAUGCCAAU